UUUGUCGAUAAUAAUUUAAAUUUAUAUGUGGCUGACAAUUUUAACAAUCGAAUUCAAAAGUUCACAUCAGGACAAUUAAAUGGAACAACAGUACCAACAGGAACUAUCACACUUUUUCAUCCAACUGGAAUUGUUCUUGAUUUUGAUGGAUAUCUUUUUAUUGUUGAUCAGAGUAACGCUCGCCUCAUCGGUUCAGGACCUUAUGGAUAUCGAUGUAUAGCAGCAUGUUCUGGAAGUUAUGGCUCAUCAUCUAGUCAAUUAUAUUAUCCAUACUCACUUAGUUUUGAUAGUUAUGGAAAUAUAUUUGUUAGCGAUUUAUUUAACAAUCGAAUUCAAAAAUUUUUCUUGAUGACAAAUGGAUGUAAUGGAACAACAACAAUGUCUAGUGUAAUAUCAAUGAAUAGUACGCAAUCAGCUCCUUUAUUAACAUCUACUUACGAAACAAAUUCUACAACUGUAUCUUCUGCGACAGGUCUUUCAUACAACCGGCCAACAUUCAGUGCUUAUGCUACUUGGAGCGCUAAUGGAGUAACUGUUUUCGACAGCGGUUCCGGAUUUGUAUACGGUAUAUUUAUUAAUACUAACAAUACUUUUUAUAUAAGUGAAUGGACUCAAAAUAUGAUUCAAGUAUGGCUUGAAAAUAGUACCAUACCUAUAAGGAAUAUUAGUGGUGGUUUAUCCUUACCUUAUACUAUAUUUGUUACAGUCAACGGUGAUAUUUACGUUGAUAAUGGUUAUUCAAAUAGUCAAGUAGAUAAAUGGACAGUAAAUUCAACGAUUGGUGUUUCAGUAAUGAAUGUCAAAGCCGCAUGUUGGGGUCUUUUUGUUGAUAUUUAUAAUAAUAUUUAUUGUUCACAAAAUGCAUAUAAUCAAGUUAUCAUAAAAUCAUUAAAUAGUAAUUCAAAUAUGUGGAUAGUUGCUGCUGGCGCAGACUGUUCUGCGCCAAGUACGAAUACACUUAAUGGUCCUCGUGGAAUCUACGUUGAUACAGAUUUGAGUUUAUAUGUUGCUGAUUGCGGCAACGAUCGAAUUCAAUUAUUUUUAUCAACACAAUUAAUUGGAAAAACGGUUGCAACAGGAACUAUUGCUCUAAAUUGUCCUAGUGGAGUUACUCUUGAUGCUAAUGGUUAUCUAUUUAUUACGGAUAAUUCCAAUCAACGUAUUAUUGGUUCAGGACCAAAUGGAUAUCGUUGUCUAGUAGGAUGUACACAAGUUAUCGGUUCGGCAUCUAAUCAACUUUAUUAUCCAACUGUUAUGUCUUUUGAUACUCAUGGAAAUAUGUUUAUUGCUGAUGACUACAAUCAUCGAGUUCAAAAAUUUUAUUUAACAACCAAUAUUUAUAGUACAACUAUCAAUCAACCAAACUUCUGUCCAUCUACAACAUGGUAUAUAAAUGCAACUACAUUUGCUAAUAGUAGUACGGCUGGAACUUACGUAUAUGGUAUUUUUGUUAGUAUUAAUAAUACUGUUUAUGUAGCUAAUCAACAAACUAAUACGAUUCUAGUAUGGUAUGAAGGAAGUAUUAAUCCAGAUAAAAUUAUUUCUGGUAGUCUGAGCACACCAUAUACUCUUUUCGCUACUCCUUUAGGUGAUAUAUAUGUUGAUAAUGGUGUAAACAAUCAUCGAAUUGAUAAAUUUUCAUUCAACUCAAAUAUAAGUACUUCUGUAAUGUCAGUUCCUAAUUUGUGUGCUGGUAUUUUUGUUGAUAUUAGUAAUACUCUUUAUUGUUCAGCGUAUACUUCUCAUCAAAUUGUUAAGAAAUGGUUGAAUGAUAGUGUACUCACAUCAACUAUCGUUGCUGGCAACGGUACAACUGGAUCAACAGCGACUACACUUAAUACACCUAUUGGAAUUUUUGUCGAUGCUCAAGUUAAUUUAUAUGUUGCAGAUUGCCUUAACAAUAGAAUACAAAUGUUUCCUCUUGGACAAUUAACUGGAAUAACUUUAGCCGGAGCUAGUGUACCAGGAACUAUUAUACUUAAUCAACCAAAUGGUAUUACAUUAGAUAGUAAUGGAUAUCUUUUCAUUGCGGAUACUGCUA